UCUGCCCUUUUUAUGUGCACAUGAUCUGGCUCCUCUUAGCUGCCCAGGUGACGGUGACCCAGCUGAACCUGGUGUCCCACAGCGUGGUGGCUGCUCCCUACCAGUGGGAGUACCCCUACCUGCUCAGUAUCAUCCCCUCCCUCUUCAGCUUCAUGGCCCUGCCCAAAAACAACAUCAGCUACCUGGUGAUCUCCAUGAUCAGUGCUGGGCUCUUCUGCAUAGCGCCGCUCAUCUACGGGGGUGUGGAGAUGUUCCCGGUUGUGAAUCAAAUGUUUUUAGAUUUGUGGGUGAAGUAG